CUGGAGAAAAAAUGAAUCAAAUGAAAUUCUUCAUUCUUCUUAUUCUUCUUACAAUCACAUCAGCAUGGGCAACUAAAGAGGCAACUAAAGGUUCGGAGACGAAAUGGGAUGAUAGAAAACAUUGUAUUAAUCCAUUUUGGUACAGUAUUUGUAGAAUAGGAAUGGCCGAUGGAUUCUGCACAUAUGUUUGCAAACUUCGUGGUUGGACCAAUGGUCAAUGCCGACAUCGUCGUGGUCAAACCGGUAUUACUGGUUAUGUUGUUGUUGGACCCCUUAAAUUCAAAUCCCAAACCAAUCGAAUUAUGUUUUUUAUUCCAUGUUGA